UGCGCAGCCAGCUCCAGUGAGAAGAGACCUGGUAACGUCGGGCGUUCAAACGGAGAGAGAAUCUUUUGAUUCUGAUCACGUGACGUCUCACCCGCCAGUUCUGCCACCGGACAUUUUCCUUAACCUUCAAAUGCCCAAACGUGAUCAAGACACGCAGGUUGGUGUUGAUAUGGUAGAGAUCUCCGAAGGGCUCCCCCCUGAAACUGCUGUGGAUUAUGACCAAACUGUUUCUGAUCACCCUGUCUCUAUCCGGGGGAGGCAACUUGGAGUCGAUGUAGGAAGUGAGCGUGGCGGUACCCCUCCUGGUGCACCGAAAAUUCCUGAAACGACCAGAGGGAGGCAGUUUCUAAGUGUGGCUGAUAUAGAUCAUGAACAGUGGUUAGAGGUUCAGAGUACACCUAGGACUUCUGCAGAUGGAGUGGAUGAAGAAAAACAACGAAGCCAAAGGACGGACAGCGCUGAUGCAGCAACAGCACGUACAUCAAGGACAGCAUCGGAAGAUAGCCAAAACUACGAGCUAGAGGUGGAACAAGAGAGAGCCAAACAAGAACACGAGAGACACCUGGAAGGACCUGACAGAGUCACAGUUGAGAUGAUGGACUCCACGGACGUCCCUAUACAAAGGAUUUACCCGCUUCCCUUCCCGACAGCCCCCCAGUCCAGUGCUCGAGCUGUGUCAACACAAUUCUUGAAUGACAGAAUGAAAGAGAUGAGUGAAAGAAUUGAAGCCAUGGAUCAAAUCACGCACAAUAUGGACAGAGAGUUCAAAAGUUCUCGCGUGCUUCUCUCUGCUAUUCAGAGUAUUGACGAAGUCUUAAACCCCUCAUCAAGAGCUUCGUCCUCAAGGGGAUCCGGAGAGUCCCGUCGAGGAAUGCCCCGGAGAUGGGGGGACCCCGCACCAUGGAGAAGAGGGGGGAAAACGUCGGCUGAAAGGCAAGCGACCACGAGGCUGCCGGAAACAGAAGACGUAGAAGAUAGUAUUGAUGUUGAUGUGGAUCGCGCAGAAAAAGACGAGGCAGUCGCCGCAACUGGUGGUGAAGAGAACAAAGAUGGUGAACCUGAUAAUGGAGACGUCGAAGAACAGAUUGACAGCGAAAAAGAUGAACAUGACGGAGACAGAAGCUUCGAACAGGACCAGGAGGACGAAGAAAUGAAAGUCGCCUCUAGCGAGGGGGAAGAAAAAUAUUUUGAUCAAGUUCAGCCUCAUAAACAGAAGCAAGAUUCUUCAGAAACCGAAGUGAAAUCAUCCGCUGGCGAAGAAAAGGCGCCCUCGUUCACACAAGAUCGUGAAAGGAGCGAAAAACCUCAAGCUUCUCAAUUGGAAUCUUUAACAUUAUCACAAGAAGAGCUGAAAGAAAUAUUUCAAGACAAAGAAGUGCGAAGAACUCGCAGGGACCCCAGCCCUGAAGCCCGGCAGUACUUAAAAGAGUGGAUGAACAAGAAACGUUCAGAAAGGCAAGCAGAAUGGAGAGGCCAACAGGAAGAACUGCGAGCACAGGAACACCAACCCUUCAUGUCUCCCACACAGGGCUCCACAAAUUUUAAAAAGAUGAAGCUGAUGGAAAAAGAGAGAAGCGUCAAACGCAGGAAAACAGAAGACCAGCAUAAGCAGAAAAGGCUCGAGUCCGCGUCCAAUCUCCUCUCCGAGAUGCUGGCCGAGCCGGUUCCCAAGCCCACCGAGCCCAAACCAAAUCUUCGUUACGGAGGGAACUUGAACUCACGUCACUCAACAUCGAUUACAGGAAAAAAGAAAAGAACCAAUGAACGAAAUAAAAAGUUACCUAAGGCUCCGCUUAAAGGCAAACGGGACCGGCAAGUAGAAAAAUCUGCUCACACAAAAGAAAAUGUUUUACCCGAGAAACAGGGUCUUGUAGAUGUGGCAUUUUCCGAUGAUAUCGCGAGACACGGACGUGAAAAUAUAGGAUUUAGAUCUCAAAAUACUCCUCGGCACGACAUUAUAAGAACCAGCAGUCCAGUCUCUACAACUGGGUAUGCUUCAGGGAGACCACAAGGGAAAAAUGUCGAUGAAGAUCACAGUGAGUUUAUUAAAGAAAACCAGUUACCCGACGAUGACUUUUGGCGCUCGAAGUCUCCGACCGGCGCCGAGUUUGUAACGACACAGACAUAUCGGAAGUUCACGAAGGAACAACCUAAACGAUUUAGAGCUAGAGAGGCUGCCAUGAGGAAAACUCCACCUAUGACUCUAGGUGGGUAUGGCUUAUCCCGGCAACCUCAAGGCACAACUACUAUGGGGAGAACAUUCCAAAGGACACGGCCUACUGACUCUCUCCUCCCUGGAGGGGAGACUUUAACGGAAAUAGAUCGCCUGCUCGAGGAUAUUCCCGAUGAUGGUUCUACUUUUGACCAAGAAAACCUAGAAGGAAUAGAAAGCUUGUUAGAAGGGGAUGAUGAACUAAGAGACUUGUUAUCAGAUGUGGAUUGGCGCGCUAUCAGUAAGCCUCAAAGGGACAGUUCUGCCAGACCAACCAGAGAACGAUCCAGUCUGUUUAACACAAGACGAAAAGAUGAUUGGCAACCAAGAGGUAGUCAGGACCAGAGGCAUCGCCAUCCUGAGCCUGCGGUGCCUUCUAGCAGCAGUCUGUUGCCGGAGUUUAAUGAUGAGGUCAGCCCGUGGAAUACAAGACAGAGCAUGCGCACGUCUGACGAUGUUGCACAGCUCUUGGCUGAAGUUGACGAGGCUGUAGGAAACAUGUCGGAGAGUACUGGCAGUACCAGAAGUCAAAUUGAUUGGGAAGAAGUCGACAAAAUCAUGGGCGAGACGUAGAUCUGGAGAGCAGCAUGUUUAUUAUGUUUAAAAGCAAAGAAUUUGGUAAUACCUUCAAAGUCGUCGAAACAAUAGCUAGAAAUUUACCAUAGAUUUUGGUUAAUUAUCCAAUGUGAAAGAUUAUAAGCGCAAUAUUACUCUCCUGGCAGGUGAGUAACUAACUUAUUAUUGAUCAAAGGACUAUUUAUAAGAAAUUUAACGUCUGCAGUAAUUUGUUUUGUAAAUUUUUAAGGCAAUGCGACUCGAAUUUGUUCAAAGUAUCCUCUUCACGCUCAAACAAGCUCAUGAAAAUGGCUGUAAUGAGAUUAAGGUAAUAUUUUCAAAGAAAAAUAAACAAAAAUGUACAUUGGACCAGAAUUGAGAUAUGAGUAUUUAUUAAAGUGGUGGUGCUUUCAU